UUUCACACGAACUACGGAGUCUUGCACAACCUGUAAAGCAACAAGAGUAGCGAUAAGCUGAAUCACUCCCGCAGGACGGCGGUGGUUGAAUCAUGCCUCGCUCUAGCAAACUGAUUUGGGAUUUAAGGAAACGCUCACUCGGCUUGGAUCAGAGAAGCAAUUUUGUGCGGGCGGAUUAUUUAGGCACACGAGAGUUUGUCCAGAGACUAAAACUUGAAGCUGCCCUACCUGUCCAUGAUGGCUGUGUAAACACAAUAUGCUGGAAUGAUACUGGUGAAUACCUCCUAUCAGGAUCAGAUGACACCAACCUUGUCAUCACAGACCCUUUUACUAGGAAGGUUCUAGUUAAUGUCCCCUCUCAUCAUCGAGCCAACAUCUACAGUGCCAAAUUCAUGCCAGCGUCUUGUGAUCACUGGAUUGUUUCAUCAGCAGGAGAUGGACACAUCCAUUAUACCAACAUCAGCAGGAGCCCUGACAUCACGCAACACAAGUUUACCUGCCACUAUGGCACUGUUUAUGAGAUUCUUACAGUGCCCAAUGACCCACACACUUUUCUGUCUUGUGGAGAGGAUGGAACCGUCUGCUGGUUCGACACCAGAUUAAAAAAUGAAUGCAGCCAAAGUAGAUGCGGAGAUGAUGUUCUUAUAAAAUGUCGCAGGGCGGUCAGCUCCAUGACUGUCUCCCCUGUUGAGCCCUGUUACCUUGCUUUGGGCUGCUCUGACAGCUCAGUACGCAUAUACGAUAGGAGGAUGCUGGGGACCAUCACUACAGGGGGCUUUUCCACUGCAGGAACUACAGGUAUCUGCCUACGCUUUGUGCCUCCUCACCUGACUGGUAGGUCGUGCCGCGUGACCUCAUUAUGUUACAGUGCCGAUGGGCAAGAAGUGCUUGCCAGCUACUCCUCAGAUUACGUCUAUCUGUUUGACCCCAAAGAUGACCAGGCCUCCAAGUUAAAAGGCCUAUCUGAAAACAGGAGACAGGAGCAACCACCCGUGAAGCGCUUGCGACUGAGAGGUGAUUGGUCAGAUACUGGUCCCAGGGCCCGUCCUGAAAGUGAGAGAGAACGAACUGGAGAGUCCAGUUCUAACAUGUCACUGAUGCAGAGAAUGUCAGGGAUGUUAUCUCGCUGGUUUGAGGAAGCCAGUCAGGCUCAGAAUAACAGGGCCCACUUACGUUCACGCUCAAGUGGAAACAUCACUCAGUCAGCCAGUACUAGCAUGUCUUCUGCAGGAGAUCAGACAGGGUCCGGUGGUGAGAGUCCUACACAAGCCGAUGCAGAGAACAUACCUUUCCCAGCCUCUAACUCAACUACAGGGACCUCCUCACCCCGGUCCUCCUCCACAUCUCAUAGUGCACAGUAUCAUGGCUCCACAGGUGCUCUUGCAGCCUCAGCAGAGCCAGUUAUCAGUCUGCAGUACAGUUCAGAGGGUACCACCACCAGCACUAUCAAGCUAGACUUCACACACCAGUGCAGGAGUGAAACAGGAUCAUGCUGUAGAUCCCAUAGCAGCAGGAGGUCCGAUGAAGGAGAGAGCAGCAGGGCUGCACAAAGCACAGAGCCGAAGCAGCCAGAGAUGGAAGGGCUCAAUGAACACGGUGUAGAGGCUGAGAGGCAGUCUCAUGCAGAGUUGAGUAGACACAGUCAGGCAGCAGUGCAAGCAAUGGGCUCAGAUGACAGCGAUGAUGAGGCAGUACGCACCUCCUCUGUACACACACUGAGAGGUCCAACUGAAAGGUUUAGCUUUAGGGGAUCAGCUAUAGGUGAACGGGUUCUCAGACGUACAGCAGCUGCCAGGAUCCAGGAGAUUUUCCGUAGAAGAAAGGAGCGCAGAGAGAUGGAGGAGACCGAGGCACUUGGUAUCAGAAGACCUGUUGCCAAAAUGUCUUUCAAGGGCCACCGUAACUCCAGGACCAUGAUUAAAGAGGCGUGUUUCUGGGGAAAAAACUUUGUGCUGAGUGGUUCGGACUGUGGACACAUCUUUAUAUGGGACCGCCACACUGGAGAACAUGUGAUGCUACUUGAGGCUGAUAAUCAUGUAGUGAACUGCCUACAACCACACCCAUUCGAACCAUUGCUAGCAUCUUCUGGAAUUGAUUAUGAUAUAAAGAUCUGGUCACCUAUGGAGGAGCUUCCAUCAUUUGACAGAGUGCUGACUGAGGAAGUGAUCCUGCGUAAUGAGCUGAUGUUGGAAGAGAACAGAAACACUGUAACUGUCCCGGCAUCAUUCAUGCUCAGAAUGCUGGCUUCCCUUAGCCACAUCAGGGCAGAUCGAUUUGAAGGAGACCCAUCAGAAGGCUCAGGACAAGAGAAUGAGGACUGAUGCAAGACAUUAUAUUAAGCAAUAGGUAAUGCUGCAUAAAUUAGUGUUCUUUGAAGUGCAAUAUAUUUAUAGAUAGAAGGACAUGCUUGUGUAGCCUGGCAAAAUCCAUCCUGAAUCUUGGAUGGUAUUACUUUUAGUUUUCCCCCACAGACUCUGUCUGGCACUUUUCUACUAGCAAUAGUGACUCUAUUAGAGUGUUCUGAUGAGCUGCAGAGUUGAUUCUGUUAUGAUAUCUGAAAUAGAGGGUGCAGAAAUAAAAACAGAAGCCUUAAUAAUGACCAAAGAUAUAGACUUGCACUGAUGACACUGUAAACCACAACUGGAUAAAUAAACAGCAGUAAUCAGUAUUUGUUUUUGAUUAAGAGAAGAUGUUUUUGAUAAGACUUGCUACCUUGCACGUAAGUAAUAUUCAUAUGCACAAUUACUCAUUAUUCGCAAUGACUGAAUUUAUGGAGUGAAUCAAAAAUGGAAGCUCAUAAGGAUAAUUUUCUUCCUUCACCAGGCUUAUGUUUAUGUGGUUGUUUAUAACUGUGCCUCUACUGUAACUGCAAAGUGCGAGACCUCUUGUCUAAAUUUAUCUUGGUGCAAGGAUAGGUAGUGAGCUUGUUUCUUUGCCCUCUACACUCAUGAGAUUCCUGCUGGUCCUGUGAUUCACCAUAAGUAUGUGAGAAUGUACGCAUUCAAAUCAUUGUAUCUGAAGUGUUCUGUAAGAUCUGAAGCACCACCUUGGUUUAUAAUAAGUGAAAAUAACACUUCGGUUUCCACUGAA